CUUCUCGAUGUAUCCUAUUUCUAUUCCUAUCAUCUGCAACCGUCUCUGUACCUCCACCUGUGCCGCCCGUUCGCAGCAACGCGGCGGGGCACAGAGAAUCUCCGCGUCCCUGGACACCACAUCGAAUCAACCGUCGCCUUCAACGGUUUCGCUCCCACGCAAUAAAAUCCCCCCUUCCCCCGUGCUCCUUUCCCCCCAAUUGCUUCCCUCUUAUCUCUCGAUUGAUCCACGAACAGUGACACCGCCGCGCACAGCGAAUCCGCCAUGGCCGCCAAGCAGAGCCUCUACCCCGAGGUGAACCAGUCCCACCCCGACCUCAACACCGCCUUCCUCGCCAACCCCAACCGCGCCGCCACUGCCAGCCCUGGCGGCUCGCUCUACCCCUCCGUCGACCCGCAGCAGCUCGCCGAGAACCUCUUCCCCGACGCCGCCGAUGACGCCGCGCCGCCGCCUCCCACCACCGAGGAGGCCCUCGUCGCGGUUCCGGGCGCGCAGCUCCACCUCGUCGACCCCGACCGCAGCAUGGACCUCGGUGCCGGCACGCUCUCCGUCGUCCGCCUCCGCCAGGGGGACCACUCCGUCGCCGUCCUCGCGAGGCUCGUCCCGGAGAAGCGCAGCCAGCGCCGCGGCGGCCUCUUCGGCUUCUUGAGCGGCGGCGGGAAGGCCGGCGACGGCGCCGCGCAGGAGCCCGUCCAGUGGCCGCUCACCCGCGACGUCGCCGCCGUCAAGCUCGACACCGCGCACUACUUCUUCUCGCUCCACGUCCCGCACACAGAUCACGAGGAUGACGACGCCGAGGGGGCCGAGGCGGAGAAGGACGCGGACGGGGAGGCGGCGCUGAGCUACGGGCUCACGGUCGCCAGCAAGGGGCAGGAGGCGGUCUUGGCCCAGCUGGACAAGGUACUGGAGGAGUACACCACCUUCUCCGUGAAGCAAGUGGAGCCGGCGGCGAAGGAGAAGUCGGAGGUGAUGGACACGAAGGCGGUGACGGAGAUCACGCCGGAGGAGGCCGUUGGGGACAAGAAGGAGGUGGUGGAGGAGCAAUCAGCGGCGUUCUGGACGACGAUCGCGCCGAACGUGGACGACUACAGCUCGUCGGUGGCGAGGCUGAUCGCGCGGGGCUCGGGGCAGCUGGUGAGGGGCAUCAUCUGGUGCGGGGACAUCACAGCGGAGGGCCUCCGGUGUGGGGAGGCGGUGGUGAAGAAGAGCGUGGGGCCGAGUGGGAAGCCGUCACAGGUGAAGCCGAGCACUAUCAGGAGGAUGAAGAGGGCUAGAAGGGUUACGAAGAUGUCCAACAGGGUAGCAAAUUCAAUCCUCUCUGGUGUUCUAAAGGUCUCUGGGUUUGUUACCAGCACUGUGCUGAACUCGAAACCUGCCCAGAAAUUCUUUAAGUUGAUGCUGGGCGAAGUUAUUCUUGCUUCACUCGAUGGAUUUGGGAAAGUAUGGGAUGCUGUAGAGGUGUCUGGAAAGAACGUGAUGCGAACGUCGUCGGUUGUGACAACUUCUGUUGUAACACAUAGAUACGGAGAUCAAGCUGGACAGGUCACACAGGAUUACCUUCACGCCUCUGGAAACGCUCUUGGAGUCGCAUGGGCUGUCUUCAAAAUUCGGAAAGCUCUCGACCCAAAGGGCAAUCUGAAGAAGUCGUCUCUGGCGAGCGCUGCUGCCCAUGCUGUAGCUAAAGAAUCGAUAUCUCGGCAAAGAAGGAAGUGAGACAACACGGUCGAUGGUGGAACUCGCUGUUACUCUCUAAUACGGUGUACUAGCUUCAAUAGAAAUGCUCUUUUGUGAACUUGGCGGCUAUAGCAGAUUUUGUUGGAUGUGUCGCUUGUAACUUGUAAGGCGUGUGACUGUUGCCGUGAUGGUUUUGAUGUUUGUUUUGGUUUUUGGAUGUUUGCGAAUUGCGAUGAUGUACUGAUUUGUAACCUGUCGAAUUACUAUAUGUGUAUACAUGAUGCACAGUGAUCUCACGGUUUAUUUGUUUUUA